UUGAAUCCGCACAAGGGAAUACACUGUUGCACUGCCUGUCUCCCGGUAGCCUCCCCCUGCCGGGCCGCGGAACCGGCAUAAAACAAUCACGUUAUGUUCGCCGUCUGAGCGGCUUAGCUGGGAAACACGAGACGAGUCGUUUAUUCAGGUUCCCGGGUGCGCGUGAAUAAAGCGUUGAGGCGAGAGCGGCUCGUGCGGUUUGCGCAUAGGAUCUUAGAGCAGGGAACAUGUGAGAGGGGAAUGGGAAACUGGAAACUGGAUUACACUUCACAGAAAGACGCAGAAGGGGAGCUUUUAAGGAUUUUGACAAGAGCGCAAGGGCUCCACUGAGUAGGACAUCUGUUGUGGCAGAGGCGCGUUCAGCGGACACAGGGAAAAGAAGGACUUAUAAACCAAAGAUGAACACAAUUGUGUUUAAUAAGUUAAGCAGCCAGGUUUUAUUCGAGGAGAAGGCGAGUGAAGUUGAGAGAAGCAGUAGAAAUUAUUUAGAAGUGAUCGAUGGACAGCAUCCGGACCUGCUCACCAGCAGCCAAGUCAUCAAAGACACUUCAGCUAACCGACACAGGAGAUCUGGGUCUCGUCAGAACCCAGGAAAAGUACGACAUAAACGGCAAGCUCUGCAGGACAUGGCCCGGCCUUUGAAACAGUGGCUGUACAAGCACCGGGACAAUCCGUACCCCACAAAAACAGAGAAAAUCCUUCUCGCACUUGGCUCACAAAUGACACUUGUGCAGGUGUCAAACUGGUUUGCAAAUGCUCGACGGCGACUGAAAAAUACAGUCAGGCAGCCAGAUUUGAGUUGGGCUCUAAGGAUCAAACUCUAUAACAAAUACGUCCAAGGCAAUGCGGAAAGAUUGAGCGUCAGCAGCGACGAGUCUUGCUCUGAAGAUGGUGACCCAACAGCACGCGCCUCCGGUGGGGAAUUCAACAAGCCGAUGUACCAGAGCGUCAUCAAGAAGGAGGGCGGAGCUGUGGGGGCGGGUCUUCGAGCGGCGGCGGAAGCCUCGUUGUCUGACGAUUACGUGUCUCCGCCCAAAUAUAAGAGCAGCCUGUUGCAUCGUUACCUUAAUGACUCACUCCGUCACGUGAUGGUGGCUAAUGGCGUAAUGGACGCGCGGCGGAGGAACCACUCAGGCUCCUUUAGCUCUAAUGAGUAUGAUGAAGAUCUGCUGUCACCAUCAUCUUCAGAGGCAGAAGCCAAUUUCAUCUACAGGACUGAGGCUGUGGAUCAUGGAUCAAAUAAAUGUGACAGCAGCAGUAUGCAGAAGGAGAGGGGACCGAGGAAAGAUGAGACGUAUUGGAGGGAAAUUAACGCAGCUAUGGCCCUCACUAACCUGGCGCAUCCCAAGGAUGCGGUCACCGCGGCGACCACCAGCUGCAUCAUCCAGAAAUCUUCGCACAUAGCUGAAAUCAAGACUGUUAAAGUGCCUAUUAUGCACAAAUACUAACACACGCCUCCCUACCACACAAACAGAAGAUCUCUUUUUUCUACUUUUGAAAUUUGUUUUUUUAAUAUUGUUUAUUAAUUUGUGGUACUGAUCAAGAAUGAUUUUUUCUGUUUUUGUUAUUAUUAUUAUUAUUAUUAUUAUUACGAGUACGAUCGAGUGCCAUAAAAUGCAGCACUUGUUUUUAGUUCAACAGUUUGUGCAUUCCUUUUGCGUAGCACGAACAUUUUUAUAAGUGUUGAUGAAUUGUCUGUAACGACUGUAUUUCUGAACGAGACACUUUUUUUGCAAUGUUAACUUAUUUUGAUAUAAAUCAGAAAUUUGUAUUGUAUAGCACCAAAGUGCCUUCAUGUAUUCUCAAUAGAGAGAUUGAUACGGUAUGUACACAGAAGGUCCUCUCUGUCUUAAAUAAAACAAAUGAAAAAAGUGAAACAAGACAAGGCUGCAUAUGACCUUACAAAAAAACAACGCCCUCAUAAUUCGCAAAGACAUGCAUACAAACAUGAGGUCGGCUCUGCAUGUUUUGUCUCAAUAUCUCAUGUGGCCGUGACUAUGACAAUGUUAUGUCUCUAAAAUUGUACAUUUCAACUCCCACCUGCCAACAACAGCCAUGAGCGGAUAGAUAGAUAAGUUCAGUCAGCCAUAGAGUAGAGUAAUAGCGCAAACUCCACUGACCUCUUCAUCACAGCUUGGAUCUGUCAGUGCGCCCCGUUUCCUUUUCAUGUACACACAUUUCUUAGACACACAAAAAGAUAGCAAACGAUCAAUCAAAGAGAGAAUAAGAGAGCAUGCGCAAAAGAUAUACUUCAAGGUUUCAUCUGUAUCUAUUUGAGACAAAGAGGACUGUGACCCAAAGGGAUAUUUAUGAACUCCACUAUCAGCACUAAAUUAAACGUGUUGCCUUCUCACAAUCCUGCACAGAACAAGGUACAUUAGUGGAAAAAGUAAAUGACUUGGCGAGCUUUCUUUAACCCUCAUUCUUCCUCAGCUGGUUAGAAUUACUCGCAAAUUGUUGUUUACGAGACGUCCUAGAGACGUUUCCAUGUUUAAAGAAAAUAACCAUUGCAGUAUUACCACAUCACUGAUUCGCUGAACUUUAAAAUGUUUUUACUUUUCAAUCUACAUUUGUUUGUCAUGCGGUUUUAACCGUUUUAGUUAACGUUUUUGGUUUAACCAAGUUGUGUUACUCAGUCUUGUAUUGACUGAAUGGAAAGAUUUUCAAUGCAAAUGUUACGUCAGUGUUAUAGAAGCCACGUACUGAAUUUAGAGAUUGAUUAUCGUACUGUUUUGUGCCAGAACAAACACUUUAUUCUCUAUGAUGUUGUCUUUUGUUUAAAAAUCUUCACCCGUUUGUAGUUAAAAAAGGCCAAAGAGAUUUAUUCAAACAAGCUGCUCGUACCCGACUGCCCAGCGUGCAGAUCUGCACCAUACUUUCCACCGAAUGCCUGAAAACAAUUUAAAAUUAGUAUUCAAAAACAUUGAUUGGGACAAAUACAUACACGUCCCUGUUUUCCUGAACAACAGAGCAGUGUGAUGAAUUUUUUUCAAGUCUGUUUCCCAGCUUAACGUGGAAAAAUGCAUUGGAUACGCUUUUAAAUUUUCCCUUUCAUUUUCUUUGCCUUGAUACUUUCAAACUCAUUUGGCCUUUGCUAUUAAUAAAUGCAAGGAUGUCCACUUAAGUUUAAAAAAUUCUCCUGUUUUUAUAUGAUAUUUUAUAUGACAGUUUAUUCCCUUGCACAAAAGAAUCCUGGUAUAAAGUCUGUCUAUAAAAAGACAAAACAUUUCAUGCACACUUCAGAACAUCUUUAAAUGAAUAAAGACUGUAAAAAAAAUUUUAUUGUUAAGUUAUCUUCAUUUUUUCUUUUUUUUUCUUUUAGAGACUGGAUGUUUAUCCAAUGAAGGAAUGCAUAAUAUCUCAUUUAUUAUCUGAUUGUCUUUUAAUGUUCAGUUUUUGCCAGGAACCUUGUUUACUUUCACAAAACAUUAAAUAAAAAAAAUUGAAGAUGA